AUGAUAAUGGAGAGAUAUACACUGGGCUUAUUUCCCAUAUGUAAAGAAAUUAUGGAUAAGAAUAAAGGCAAUGAAACUGAUAUAGUGAAAUCAUGGUGUCAAAAAAUUAAAUCUUCUUCACAUGGUGUUCCUAGGAUUAAUGAAAACAUCUGCCUCCGAGCUAUGUAUUAUUUAGAUGAUAUUUCAUAUAUAAUUGAUGAAUCAUUAUUAGAAUCCUCCUGUAAAUAUUUAUAUUAUUGGAUAUUUCAUACCUACACUGAUAUAAAUAAUGUUGAGGAUUACAAGAAAAUUUAUGAUGAUCUUCUUACCUCAUAUGUGCGUAAUGCUGGAGCGCAUAAAUGCAAUAUUUACAGUGAAUCGUUUAAUGGCGAUUUUAUGUCAAUAUUCAGAAAUAUGCAUAGCAUACGUAAAUAUUUUAAUGAAAACAAAACUAUGUAUUUAGGAAAUUUAUUAAAAGAUCAAAUAUUUAUUGAUACUAUAAGCAUUAUUAAAAAGAAUUAUAAUGAUGUAAUCGAAAAACCAAUAUGUGAAGAAUGCACAUUGUUAACCCGCAAUGAUACUAGCAUUACAACUCCAAUUGCAAUAACAUUUGUUGCAACUCUAUUAAUAUUAGUCUUUUCAUUCAUUUUGUAUAAGUAUACAGCAUUCGGUUCAUGCUUACUUCACAAUAAAAAGGGAUUAAAGUUGGAUAGGAAUAAUAUCGAUGAUGAAUGGAAUGAAAUACAACCACUAGGAAUAUCAUCAAAUAUUUCAAAUGAUAAUAAAUAUAUGUUACUAUAUAAAUGA